AUGAAGGGUCUCACAGGUCAGCCCAGGCAGAGUCCUUUCAAGGAUCUCUUACACAUCAUCAACAUGCUGCCCACAACCAUUCGCUCUCCUCCUUCUCUUGGAGACUUCACUCCAAUUGAGGAGCACCAGUCGCAAACCCCCGCGAGCUUCUUCGGAGGAAAGCCCGUCCUCCAUUUCCAUCUCGAGGGCGCCAAGGCAUGGAUCCCGGCGUCGCAAAAGGGCAACUUGGCCGUCUUCCCGGCUGAUGUCUCGACUAUGGCCUCUGCCCCCGAUGGCACGACGUUGAGAGAGGCGACCGAGGAGCUUGUGGAGCAGCACGUUUCCGUGUUUGUCACUUCCGAGAACUUUACCAUCUUCUCUACGGCCCAAGGCGCUGGCGUUCAGAUCCCCUAUCCCUCCAUCUCGAUUCACGCCGUGAAGCAGGUGGGAUCUAUCUCCGAAGGUGCCCCUCUCCAGGCCAUCUGGAUGCAGCUGCAGCUUGCCGACGGCGGCGACGGCGACGACGACUUCGAUACCAUCGACUUGACUCUCGUGCCCGCGGUCACUGCUGGCGCCCAGGCCGAUAUCCAGAAGUUCUACGAUGCCAUCUCAGCUUGUUCCGAUCUCCACCCCGACCCCGUCGACGAGGAUGAUGAGGAGGAGGACGGCCGCAUCAUUUUCGAGGGUGAACAUGAGCCAGUCGAGGGAUACGAGGGUGUCCUGUACGGCGCACCCGAUGGAGGCUUGCCUCCUGCCUUCCCUGGAAGUGGAGGCUGGAUCACCGCAGAGAACGUCCAUGAGCAUUUUGACGCCGACGGCAACUGGAUCGGUCAGAAUGGCAAUGAGGAUGAGGAGGAGGAAGGUGGCCAGCUGGGAGAGGGAGCCGGUCGGGUUCGCGGUCACAACGAAGCCAACAACGGCGUCAAUGGCCAUGACGACCCGAGCAACAAGCGUCCGCGUGUUGACGAGUCAUGA